AUGUUUCUAGGCUCCUCAGCGUCAGCGGAUACAUGGGUCUUCUGGAUCCAUGCGAGCAACACGGCCCGCUGCGAGAAAAGCCUCCGUGACCUUGCGGAUCGAGUCAAGAUUCUAGGGCGGCAGGAUCGCACGGCUAAUAUAUUCCAACUCGUCGGGAAUUGGCUACAGGACGAAAAGAUCGGAAAAUGGAUUCUCAUCCUCGAUAACGUCGACGAUGACGGGCUCCUCCGCAAACCUUCGGCGACCGCUCAGGAGGGCCAGGCAAAUAGCCAGACUAAUGCCUCGACGCAGCCACCGCUAAGGUACCUCCUCGAAAGCUCAAAUGGCUGCAUCAUUAUCACAAGUCGGAAUAGAAGAGUAGCGCUGGACAUCGCCGGUCAGAAGAACAUCAUUGCAGUUCAACAAAUGAAGAAGGCCGAAGCACUGGAUCUGCUGCAGAAGAAGCUGCACACACCUGGGGAGCUUGAGGAUAUGGGGCAUCUAGUUGAGGCGCUCGAAUUGAUGCCACUCGCGAUCGUACAGGCCGCUGGCUAUAUCACACAUCGAUCACCCCGUUGCUCUGUGUCGCAAUACCUAAAAAAAACCCAGAAUAGUGAUCGCGAAGCAGUACGGCUUCUCGAUCGGGAAGCAGGUCUUCUUUACCGAGACUGGGAGGCCAAGAACUCUAUUGUGCUCACGUGGCAAAUAUCCUUUGACCAUAUUCAAGGUGUAAGACCAUCCGCAGCGGGCCUGCUCUCUCUUAUGAGCUUUUUCGACCGGCAGGGAAUCCAGGAGAGUGUUCUCCGAGUUCCGGAAACCCAGGAAAUGAAUGGGAAUUUGUGUCUGCAGAAGGAUGAAGAUAGUUCUAGUGGAGAGGAUGGAGACAGUGCGUCUGACUCUGACGCAGAUCAGCGUUUUGAAGAUGAUAUCACAACACUUAGCGACUACUCACUGAUUUCGUUCGGAGAACGCAGCGCAGUGCUCACCAUGCAUCGACUUGUGCAAUUAACCGUGCGCACGUGGUUAAAAACUCAUGGCCAGCUUGAGCUGUGGAAGGAACGAUUCAUCAGCAAUUUAUGCCAGAAGUUUCCGACCGGUGAAUUUGAAAAUUGGGAACAGUGUCGGUCGCUCUUUCCACAUGUGAAAUCUGCUAUGUCGCAACGGCCAGACUCGCAAGAGUCUGUUCUACAAUGGGCUACGCUGCUUUUCAGAGGUGCAUGGUAUGCGCAGGAAAGCGGCAAUAUUACGGACGCGAGGGAGAUGGCAUCGAAAUCGAGGAAGCAGAGAGUGAGAUUAUUGGGUGUAACCGAUGAAGACGCCCUUUGA